GGUACAUGUUAUUAUUGGGGUUUGCGUGUCAAGAUAAAACAUUGAGCGCUGUAAAGGUCAGUACAACAUACGCAAAUUGAACAAUAGCGGUAAAUUUGCUCAAAGACUGUGUUUACUACCCGCAGGGAGACUCAGCCGGAGCGUUGGCGGUACAAUCUAAAUCAACGCAAUAAUAGUAUGAUAGCUAGUCUAGGUAUUCAGCAAACACUUGAUCUGUUAAAUACAUGACAACCGUUUAGUAUAAGAACACAUCCUGUGAAAUCAUCAACGUCGCAAAGAAAGGUCAACGCGCUGAGCAGCUACAGAAAACAAAUCGUUAGAAUACUUGAUGUCAUGUGUUAAGAACCCGUCCAGAAAAACUAGGUCAUCUUGUGCACGCUUUACGCAUCGAUCAUACGCACUGACGAUGGCAACCCAGCUUAAGGUACUGCUGCCGUACUAUUUGGCCUCCUGCAUUCUCUUGAUCGCUUUUGGGAUCUUCAAAGUAAUUCACUUGUUGCCCUUUACUGACAAAGCUAUUGAGAAGCUGGUGAAGAUCUUGGCAACUAUAGAGAUGGACAAAGAGGACUACUGGAAAACCCUUUUUGGUAUGAAGAUGUUCAAGACCUACCAGAAAAUCAUCCUCCGAGAGCUCCAAAAAGAAGCGCAGACAGGUCAAAAGAGCCCCAACCCUUUGCUCGUCUCAGUAGACGGAAGCACGACUUAUAAACUUCUGGAUUGGACAUGUGGUGAUCGUCCGCUAGUCGUAAAUUUUGGCAGCUGCACGUGUCCUGUGUUCAUGAUAAGACUGUGUGAAUUUGGAGAGAUUGUUGAUAGAUUUAGUAAUGUGGCUGACUUUCUUACGAUCUACAUUGAAGAAGCUCAUCCAAUGGACGAGUGGAGCCUUAAGAAUAACCACCUCGACAUACCUCAACACAAAAGCCUAGAUGAAAGAUGCAAAGCUGCGCAAGUUCUGCUUGAUUCGGGAAAGUUAAAGACAAAGCUCUUGGUAGAUAGCCUCAGCAACGAUGCUAGCAGAGCAUUUGGAGCGAUGCCUAACAGGCUUUACAUUAUCCAAGGGGACAAAAUACAGUUCGCCGGUGGAGUAGGGCCGACAUUUUACAAGCCUAACAAAGUUGCAAAAUGGCUUGAAAACCGUGCCUUAAGUGACCCUAAUAACAACUGCAAUAGUUUGGUAGAUAAUGUUUAGGAGGUCAGAAUAGAACUAUCACCAAUAAGGAAGAAGCCGCAAAUAUCGAGGAACAAAUACAUUUUCAGUACAGUAUUAUAUAAUAUCAUUAUUAAUUAUUACAGUAUUUAGUGAUAUGAUAGUGAGGUACAGUAUCGACUUCAAUAUUUACCAAACAUUAUAACAAAAUAACAUAUGUUUGAUCCUCAAAGAGGAUUUGUAUUGAUGCCAUUAUAUGCACAAAAGGGUGAUAGAUUUGCAUUGAUUAUUGCACGGCUGAUCUAGCAAGCCGCACCCCUGGGAGCGUCUUGGACUAUUACGCUUGCCCCAUGCAAGUAUUUUCCUUUGUGUAAAACAGUAAACAAUAAACUCUCUGUGUAUCAAUGAAAGGACUUGGCUGUGCAUGGUUUGUGACUAGAUAAAGAAAUAUUUAACGGUAUAUCACGAUACCUUACAGUCCGAAUAAAACACGUCACAUUGAAAUAAAACAGAUAUCAAUGCAUAAUGCUCAUUUUGAUCUAAAAAAAAGUGGGGCAAUAGGCCAUAUCGUUUUUAUGAUGACUUCACAGAGAGCAAUUCGCAGUAGAUCACGUAGCCUGAAAAAGUCAAUUGCCACAGUAAGCAAAAGCGCGUGAAAUGUAUUUAAUUCAUUAUCCCUUGUAGCUUAUAGCAUAAAUACACAAAGAAGGGCCGUGUAGUUAAUAAUUGGGUUAGAUUGCUUCCUAUAGGGUACUAGUAUCCUGCCUAUCGGCUUGCGUGAGGUUUUACCUCAUUGAUAUAUUAAUACUGAUUCGUAUGGAUAGAAUGUUUAUCUUUUAACAAAUGUAUGUCAGUGCAUUAAAAUCAUGUUCAAUGUAUUA